AGAGUGGGAGCCGCACGCUGAUACGCUGGAGCUGGAGAGUUGGUUGUGUAAGCGGGUUCUGGAGGGAACUACAGAGGGGCUAACAAAAUGUUUGGCACUGUGGUGGUGGGGAUCGGAAUUGCUGGAUCUGUGCGGAUAAGAGACAUGCUGAAUCCGAUGCCUUCCAGUCCUUCUGAGCACCUGAAACUGUUUGGCUUUGUAUCCAGAAGAACCCUGGGUAAUAUUAACGAGGUCAAGCAGAUUAGUCUGCAAGAUGCUCUGGGAAACAAAGAGGUCCAGGCGGCCAUCAUCAGCACUGACAACAAAAGCCAUGAGGAGAAUGUCAGGAUGUUCUUGGAGGCUGGGAAACAUGUCCUUGUUGAGUACCCCAUGGUGCUGUCUGCUAGCACAGCACGUGAGCUCUGGGACAUGGCUGAGCAGAAAGGUAAAAUCCUCCAUGUGGAGCACAUUGAACUUUUGACAGAAGAGUACAAGCAGCUGAAAAAGGAGGUGGCUGGGAAGGAGCUUGUGAAAGGAACGUUACAUUUCACAGGUGGUGCCUUGGAUGAAGAGCAAUCAGGCUUCCCAGCUUUCAGCGGAAUUGCCCGCCUGACUUGGCUUGUUGACCUCUUUGGAGACCUCACUGUCACCUCUGCCACUAGAGAGGAACAGAAAGAAAAGAAUUAUUCCAGAAUGACAGCACAUUUUCAGACUGCAAACAAGAAACCUCUGACAUGGAUUGAAGAAAGGGGACCAGGGCUGAGACGUGAUAAGAAAAUCAACUUCUGUUUCAAAAGUGGCUGCCUGGAGAACCUCCCUGAGGCCCCGAGGUCUGCUGUGGGCCUCUUCAUGCAAGAUCAGAAUCUCUUUGCCAAAAAACUGUUGGGCCAGGUCUCCAGAGAAGAGCUGGCCGCUGAGAAGUGGCGCAUCCUGCGGUGUCUAGACCUCGCAGAGGAGAUUCAGCAGCACUGUGAACGGCCGGCGAAAAUCCAUUCCUAAGGCUGCCCUUUAUGAGAAAGGGAAUGUGGUAGUCAGAUGCUAAGUAGAGCUGCAGCUUAAUGUUACCAUAAAGCAGCUUGUUGGCAGUUAAUGUCUAUUUGAUUAGUUCUUACCAUUAAAAUCUGUGGGGUGUUGCUCAGAAGCUUGGGCCCCACAAGUGUUUUAUGCUGUGUGAGAUAUUUAACAUGGCAGAACCGAAUGAUGCAUUGAGCUGUCCCCAGUACAUGGCAUCUUUCUAGUCAAACUUAAAGCUAUCAGUCAAAGAGCAUUCAGACGUGUUGCUCCCACAGAAGUCAAUGGGAGAUUUUGUCAUUGACUUCAAGGGGAGCAGGCCCAAUGAGACUGCAGAAGUUACAAUUUAUUAAAUAUAAUUUUAGUUCCUUCUUUUUAAUAUAUAUGAGAGCAAAAGAUUUAUAGCACUGUCUAGAAUGAGGCAUAGAGCUGGUCUACAAGCCUCUCUACCUCCAAAGGUGUUACAGCACCAUACGCCUGACCUGCAAAACUUCACAUAUUCCAGUCUUGUCCCUUCCCUGAGUAGUUGUCCUGAACGAUACUUUGUAUAUUGGCUGUGGGCCAGAUUCUGAUAUUUUACACCAGUGUAAACCAAAUCCAUUACUUACAACAGGAUUUAUACUGGUUUAAACACAGAAUAAAUUAGAUUGGAAUCUGUCCUCUCACUAGGCGUUAUGCUGAGAUGACUAAACUGAUUUCUCUGCUGCCUUAUGCCAGGUUGUAACCCAGUUUUCCAGAGGCGAAAGGUUAGUAUAAUACAUUAACCCACUGCAUCACCUGCCCCUUUCCUCAUAACCAGUCCUUGGGUCCUCUGUUUCUGAGCACAGUGGCACACUGAGGCAUGCCCAUAACCCCUAUUAAUGUUCAUGAAAAUUCUGCACGUGACUCAGUGUGAGAAUGGACCACUCUGAAUAAAUGAAAUGUAUUAAUUUAAUUAAUAGAAACUAUAAAUAAUACAUUUAUAGAAACAGGGACAAUAUAACACCAGUUAUAGCAUGGUGUUAGGAAACAGAGCAUUGUUGGUAUUUGAAAAAAUGCUUUCAUGCAACUGUGAUAUUAUUUAUUUGUUGUUUUUCAGUAGUGCCCAGAGACUCCAUGGUGCUAGUUGCUAUACAAAUACAUGGCAAGAUUUGGUCCCUGCCAUAAAGAAAUUGCAAUCCUGAAAAGCACCAAGUCAUCAGCGUGCAUAGAGAAAACACUGAAGCAAUUCUAAUUACAACACACAUCCGUUAAAUAGCAAUAAAGGCCUCUUCAGAAUGUAUUGCUGUCUCCCGAACAUACCUCAUGGGAAGCCAGCAGCCCUUGUCUACCAUGGCACUGGAGGAAUAAACUCCAAAACCAAGCACAUAUAUUGUAAAUUAUAUACAAUAUAAUAAAUAUAAAAUAAUGGCCAAAUAAAACUGUAACCAAACGCAUCUGAACAGCAGAUAUGGUUCAAUUAGAGAUUGGGGAUGGGUAGGAUGGGGUAUGUUGUUUGUUUGAUUAGGUUUUUUUAAUCCAGAUCAGCUCAGCCAGACCUAAUUAGCAUUAUCUUUUCUUUAAUGUUCUUCUAAGUUGUGCCUGCAAAAUAUGGGCCUGAUCCAAUGCCCGUAAAAUCAAUGGAAAGCCUCCCUUUGACUUCAUUGGGCUUUGCAUCAGACCUUAAAUACACGUGUGCAGAAACAGGAAAUGUGCCUGCGGAAUAUGUAUUGUGGAGCCAAAUGAGUACUUCAGUACCAAACUGGUCUAUUUUGGAUUCACAAUGACUUCUUUACACAUGGACAUACUUUGCAGGAGCAAAUACAAUGCCAUCUUUGGAAAGAGGGAAAUUUUAUCCUCACUAGUUUUAUGACAAAAUGUGUGAAGUGCAUCCUCAUUAAAAAUAGAAUUAAAAUAUUCUGCUAGGGAUAUUCAGCAGUGCACAAAAUAUUUCUGGUUUUAUGACCUCUUCCUGUUUCCUGCAAAAGGAAAAAAUGCUGUAGAUACUAGAGUUGAUGACUCAGUCCCUCCUUUCCUAAUCAGGUCACACUAAUGGUGUUUGAAGCGUUUUGCAGAUAAUCCUGUUUUUUUUUUAAAAAAAAAAAGCACACUGCAGGGGAGUGUCUUAGACAAGCUGGAAAAAACCUCAGCAGGGAGGCAAACAGGUAAAAUAGAUCCAACAAACUGUACUUAGCACUGAAGUUGAGUUUUUGUU